AUGUCCGAACUUCCAAAGGAUUUGAUAGAAGAGAUACUCUGUCGUGUUCCGGCUAGAUCUCUGAAACGUUUACAAUCUACUUGCCAACGAUGGAACUGUUUAGUCAACAAUAAGAGAUUCACAACAAAGCACUCCUUUAAAACCCGAAAACAUUUUAUGAAUCUCAUGUAUAAGGAAUCUAGUGUAUGUUUGAUGCGCAACAAUCUCCAUAAAUCUCCACCUGUGAAGGUCAAACGCGAACUUAGCCUAACCGACCCUCAUUCUAGUUUAUAUCAAAUCAAGAUUUGGCAAGUCUUUCACUGUGACGGUUUAUUGUUAUGUGUCACGUUGGAGGAAAACAUUAGGCUCGUGGUAUGGAACCCGUGUACUGGUCAAAGAAGGUGGAUCAAUCCUUGCAAUGAUUACACCUCAAUGCCCUCAUAUGCUCUCGGAUCCUACCAAGACAAAAAGUCCAAUGAUAUUAGCUACAAAAUAUUGACCUGCAGGGUUUAUGACAAAAAACAAGAAUUCGUAAUGUAUGAGAUUACCUCAGAUUCAUCUAGGAUUCUUGAUCUCACUAUGGAUUUCGAAUUGGAUUAUCUUCAUUGGGGUGUGUCUUUGAAGGGAAGGACUUACUGGGUUGUUAGAGAUAAAGAAGAGAAAUGCUUAUUAGUAAGUUUUGAUUAUACAACAGAAAGAUUUGAGCGAUUAUGUCUUCUGCGUCAGUUUACAAGUUAUACAACUCAGUGUCUAUCUGUUAUUAGAGAAGACAAACUUUCCGUGUUAUCACAAUGCCAAACUACAUCGAAGACAGAGAUUUGGGUGACAAAUAAGAUUACUGAGACUAAAGCGGUGUUGUGGACCAAGGUCUUAGCAGUUGAUUUAGAUCCUGGUUUUAUAGCUUGGCACGGUGCAAGUUUCUUGUUCGAUGAGGAGCUCUCGUGUGCUGUGAUGGCUUUGAAAACGAUAGAAAAGUCAGGGUAUACAUUGUUGGAGAGGACAGUAACGUUAGAAAAGUGGAUUUUGAAGGAGGAUCAGACUGGGCACUUUUAUUUUAUUAUGCUCCAAGUUUGA